AUGGUGUUAUUACUACAUUCUGGCACAAUAAUGAAAUGCAAUUUAAUAGCUACAUCAUUUACUUUUAGGAGCUGUAGCAGUGCAGCUCAUCGUGGACGUAAUUACGAAUUGCACACUAUUAAUGUAUUAAGACAACUUGGUUUCCACUUAAACCACUGUGGUGGAGCUCAUGACAAAGGUGUCGACUUUCGAGGCUACUGGCAUAUGAGUAUAAACAAGGAGAAAACUAGAUUGAACGUGGUCGGUGAUUGUAAAAAUUUAAAAGUUUCAUGUGGACCACUGCACAUCCGGUCAUUAAUUGGAACGCUUGAUCGAGAACCUCGUAAUACCAUUGGCAUUCUGGUCUCGCGUAAAGGAUUUACUAAAGACGCCCACAAAACUUUUAAAAGUAGCCACUUACCCAUGGCAUUGAUAAGCAUUAAUGAUGCGGAUAGUAGCGAUGGUGGAAGACUGUUGAGAUAUUUCGAUCGAAAUCCUAAAUGUCAUCAACUGACGCCUAAUAUUACUGUAGCUUCCAAAUUCUAUGAAGGAUUAAGAUUCUUUGAAAUAUUACUACACGAUCAACAUGGAAAUGUUGCUUUAUUGGAUAGUUUAUAA